CUUUUCCAAGCCUAGUCUUGUUUCUGGUGAGCUCGGGCGGAAGGGGGUGGCACGGUAGGGCCUUUGCUCUGUCUGGGCUCAAGCCUCGGGUCUUCUACUGCCCUUUACAUUCUAAAGCGGGCCUGGGAGGCUGGCCGACAGGCGCAGCCUGGGCACAGACAGCGCGGCCGGCUUUUUUCCUGGGGCUGGGCAGAGUGGUGCCAAGCCCCACACCCCAGCCAGCGCACCCCACUUCCCGCCGCCUCGCAGCUGGGGCACGCCCCCUCCUCCGCCCUGCGCCGAAGGGGGCGGGUCUGGAGAGGGCUCCCGCGGUGCCCAGGCCAGUGCACCUAGAGCAGUCAGAGAACAUGGCUCGACUCCUUCAGCGAGGCCUGUCUUGGCUAGGCUGGAGAGAUCUGCCCUCGGGGACCGUGCCCGGAGGCGCCAGCGUCGGCGGAGGGAGAGCCGGCCACGGGGACGCAGGGUCUCUCAACAAGCAUGGUGAGGCAGCCACUGACUGGAAAAAGAAAUUGACUCCAGAGCAGUACUACGUCACUAGAGAAAAGGGAACGGAACUGCCCUUCAGUGGAGUCCUUUUGAAUAAUGCAGAGCCAGGAAUGUAUCACUGUGUUUGCUGUGACAGUCCACUGUUCAGUUCUGAAAAAAAAUUCUGCUCCGGCACCGGGUGGCCUUCAUUCACAGAGGCUCAUGGCGCAUCUGGCUCUGAUGAAAGUGAAGCCAAUAUCCUGAGGCGUCCUGACUACUCCCGGCCAGCACCUCGGGUAGAGGUUGUUUGCAAACAGUGUGAAGCUCACUUGGGCCAUGUAUUUCCAGAUGGGCCUGAACCUACUGGAGAGAGAUUUUGCAUCAACAGUGUGGCGCUGACGUUUAAACCAAAUUAAAACUUUUCGUCUCAAAAUCGGAAGAGAUAAAACAUGGUUUAGGGGAAGGAACGCUGCAUUUGGAGUCAGGAGAAGUGCAGGUUCAAAUCUUAACCCUGACACUAGCAGUGUGAUCGGGGCAAAUAAAUCCCUAAACUUUUCA